UAUAAAAAUGAGGGCCUCAGGCCAUCUGCACUUACCAAUUCUUCUUUGUUUCAGUGGCUAUCCUGCACUACCAGCCACAUCUCCAGGGCAACAUGGCAUUCACGGGCAAAUACGAAUUUGAAAGCGAUGAGAACUACGAUGACUUUGUGAAGGCAAUUGGUCUUCCCGGUGAGAAGGUUGAGAUGGGAAGGAAUUGUAAAAUAGUCACUGAGGUGGUGCAGAAUGGAAAUGACUUCACCUGGACACAGCAUUUCCCAGGAGGUCGCACCACAACUAAUACAUUCACUAUUGGCAAGGAAGCAGACAUGGAGACAAUGGGUGGUAAAAAGUUCAAGGCAACUGUUAAAAUGGAAGGGGGAAAAGUAGUAGCUGAUUUUCCCAACUAUCAUCACACUGCAGAGAUUGCUGGAGGAAAACUAGUGGAGCUCUCUACUGCUUCUGGUGUAACCUACAAGAGAACCAGCAAAAAGAUUGCUUAAGGCAUUAAAGCACAUUUUCCAGUGUACUGAAAAAUAUGCAACAAUACAAUUAAAUAAAAUACACUUCUGACCUA